AUGAAGUCCUGGUUUAGUAGCAGUGUCUGUGCACUCACCACUCUCGCCACGCUUGUAGCCAACGUGGCAGCCUUUUCGGCUGACGGAUUGGUUGUUUACGACCCUUUGGUCAGUGACUUUAGUGACAACACAACCUCCACUAAUAUCACCCCAGAUAUUGCCACCCUCAUAUCCACAUUGAGAGAUGACCUCGACAUCAAUCUCCACUUCAAAGCAUACACAGAUGAGUCCUUGGACCUCUUUGUAGCUGGUGAACCCCUUUAUGAACACCUUGUCCUUCUUCCAAGUUCCAAGAAGGCCAUGCACAAAGCCACCUUCAAUCAACACCUGUUGAUGUCUUUCAUCAACGGCAACGGUAACGUUCUUGCUGUUGGUGGUCGUGACGCGGUACUCCCAGAUGACGUCCGUCUGUUUUUAAAUGAGGUUGGUAUCUAUCCUUCCCCUAAGGGUUAUCGUUUAACUGAUCAUUUCAACGAACACCUCACUGAAGAUUCCUUCGUGAAUGAAAGAAUCCUUCCAAAGAUUAACAACUUAUCAUAUGAUGGAGCUGCUGCCUUGAUUUCCAAUUCAGAAAAUUUGUUCCCACUUGUCAGAGCUUCUGCCACCUCUUUCACCGCUGAAGACCCCGCCUCGGCUCCACACAUCUCUCAAGAUAAGACUUGGACUUUUGGCCAACAAGGGUACCUUGCUGUAUCUCUCCAGGGACUUAACAACGCUCGUUUGUCUUGGGUUGGCUCCUCCAGUCUUAUUCUGCCUUCACUUCUCCUGUGGACUUUCCAAAAGAAAAAUGUCCUCAAGCUUCAAUUUGCUACGCAUCACAAGGCUGACGAACCAGAAUUCCCAAACACGACUCUCUACCGUUUCAAGGAUGAGGUCACCUACACCAUUGGUGUUUCUGAGCUUAUUGAUGGCAACUGGGCCCCAUAUGAAGUUGCCUCUGCUGAAGAUGCUAUCCAACUUUCUUUCAAGAUGCUUGACCCAUACCAGAGAAUCAAUUUGACUCCUUUGGGUCCAGCUGCCCUGACCCCAGAUGGUGCUCUUGACCUGUUUGUAUACCUGACCACAUUCACCCUCCCAGACCAACACGGGAUGUUCACCUUUGACUUGGACUACAAGCGUUCAGGUUUGACUUUCUUGGAAGACAAGAAAAUCGUAGCUGUGAGACAUUUGGCCAACGAUGAGUACAAACGCUCCUGGGAUAUCCCUAAUUCAUGGGUUUAUAUUGCCUCUCUGACCUUGGUGGUGGCUGCAUGGCUCUUGUUUGUGUUCAACUUCAUCUCCAUCGGCAAUGUCGACACCAAGAAGAAGAACGCUUAA